CUCUACGUUUAAUUGACGUGAAUGCUGGCCAAUAAACUCCAAACAGAGCCCCGCGUCAUGCAAGGACCGAAGCAGAGGCUUAUGGAAUGUGGAACCAAAGGGACAAUACUAACGCUUGCCUGCUCCUUAUUUUGUUGGCUUUCUCUUAAUGCUUUGAGGAAGACACGAUGGUUUCCCAGUAUCCUCCAAAUCUCCGGAUUCGUCUCCCUGCGUUCAUACUUAUUUUGGAAGCUGCUUUAAUCCUUAUAUUUGGCGUCUUUGUCUCUUAUGACCACAGUCAAAACCUUACAAGAGACUACCCAGUAUUUCAACAUGUCAACCUCAUGGUGAUUUUGGGGUUCGCCUUUUUUCUGGCCUUUUUGAAGAGAUACGGCUUCAGCGGCACCGGAUUCAGCCUUCUCCUUGCUGCCCUCGGAGUACAGUGGGCUGUGGUUGUGGAAGGAUUCCUCUUUCACUUCUCAGCUGGGAAAAUAAAGAUUAGUCUGCAAAGCAUUUUAACAGCCAUUAUGAGCAUAAUCACAGUGUUGAUUUCAGCUGGAGCAAUGCUUGGCAAAGUCAAUCUGAUGCAGUUGAUCUGGAUGGCCCUGGUGGAGGUGACUGUCUUCGCUGUGAAUAGAUGGGUUGCUGUGAAUAUUCUGCAGAUUCAGAGCCAUGUCAGUGUGAUGCACGCCCACUUAUUUGGGGCCUACUUUGGCUUAAUGGUCUCCUGGAUGCUCCACCACUCCUCACUGAGCCAGAAAGCUGAGAAAGAAAGAUCCAGGCCCGUCUCGAAUAUGUUUGCGGUGCUGGGUACUCUCUUUCUCUGGAUAUUCUGGCCCAGCUUCAAUUCUGUCCUAAUCAAGGAAGAAGAAAAGAAAUGGACUGCCAUUUACAACACCUACUUUGUGAUGGCCACAAGCGUCAUUGCUGCUUUUUCAUUCUCAGCGGCAACCAACAAAAACGGAAAACUCAGCAUGGCUCACAUCCAGAAUGCUACACUGGCAGGUGGGGUUGCCCUCAGUUUCUCUGCUUCCAUCAUCCAACAGCCUUGGAUUGCAAUGGCUUUGGGUCUGGCGGCGGGCAUGAUCUCUGUCCUUGGCAUGGCCUGUUUACAGAAACACUUGGAUCCAGCACUCAAAAUCCAUGAUACCUGUGGAGUUCAUUACACUUUUGGCUUACCCAGUUUGCUUGGAGGGAUAAUCCACAUUAUUGUAAUCCUAACAAACCACAGCAAUAACCUCUCAGUAUUUGGUUAUUCAGCUUUAAUUGAAGUUGGUGCACUCAGCUUGAGCCUAGUCAUCAGUCUGUUCAGUGGUUUUAUUACAGGUCUCAUUUUAACUUGCAAAUUAUGGAAAGCACCUCCAGUAACAAAGUAUUUUGAUGAUCAAGCUUAUUGGGAGUUCCCCCACUUAGCUGUUGGAUUCUGAACACAACCUUCAAGAGGGCAGCAAGCUACACAGCUAAGAGACUUCCUCUCUGAUGCCACAAGAAUGCAUGAAAAAGAGACUUAUCUGCUUUAUUAAAAUUGCCAGAAUAUUUGGUAGGCAUUUAGUAUAAAAUACUUGCUUGUAAGGCUAAAAUAAAGAUGUUAGUGCUUCUUUUAAAAAAGGUGCCUUUUACAUUCUAGCCUUUUAAAAUGCUUAAAGAAUGUGAGGGGGAAAUGAAAAUGAAAUAUUAAAUGUGAAACUGAGUCCAGUCAUACCAUUCUGUGUUUAUAUACGGUGGUUUUCAUGAUGAUUAAGUUCAUACAUUACACUAAGCCAUCAUAUGGUUAGUUUAGGUUUGGCUUAGCAUCCUGUGUCAACAGUGUUUUGAUAAACAAACCUUAGUUAACCCAACUGACAAACAAGACUACUGAUUCCCUUUGACUUCCCUGCAAAGUCAGAAGGGUGUAUGGGACACUUCUCAGACAGUCUUCUGCAAAUAGCAACCCCCAGCUGUGUUGGAAAACUACACUGGGCAAGGACGGAGUGUAUCUGAAAGAAGCUAGUCUUCCAUUAUGGAUUUGCUGUUGCUGGAAUUCAAAAACUUUGCAAGAAAAACUCCAAGACAGAAAGUUGCAUUAGAAACAUGGUACCAGUAUAUCUCUAUUACAUUUUUAUGCACAGAAGUAAUAAUCUUCAUUUACAAGCAUUCCAUGUACACUGUCAGUCCAGUAUUUUCACAUUAAAAAAAAUAGCACUUAUAUCCACCCCAGAUAAAGGAACAGUAAAAGAAUCAUUAAUAUUAAGGUAUAACAAAAACAUUCAGUAAGAGGACAGAGUUCCUCUUCCAUCUCAGCUUAAUCACAGGCUACAAUAUUUAAUGUCAAAAAGCCAAGAGUAGAAAAGUGUCAAGUUGAAGGGAACAAAAAUGGAAAUGUGUAUCAUGAUUUUAAAAUGUAGGCAGUUUCCUUCUUUGCUGAUAGCAGAGCACUAGUAUUACAAAAUGGGCAAUUAAAAAUAGCGGGUGAGACGCUCUGCGUCGCUUAUUGCCACAAAUCUUCAGUGCGACCAAAUUUGAACACCAGACCACUGUGAGAAACAGAGACAAAUUAUUAGUUAUGUGGAUGUCAAGACCCUCAUAUUAAA